AUGCUCACGACCGACGGCGCUGGCUCCAACAGCAUCACCGUCAGCAACUGCGACUUUGACGGGCACACGUCGUGGUCGGCGUCGUGCGACGGACACCACUACUGGACCAACAUCUUUGUGAGCAACCUCAAGAUGAGCUUCCUCAACAACAUCGUCCAUCACACAUCUGGACGUGCGCCCAAGUUUAGCUCGUCCAAGGGCAAGUACAAGCUGCAAGUGCACAUGGCCAACAACUACUGGUACGACAACGCGGGCCACUCGCUCGAGGUUGACGACGCCUACGUGCUUUCGGAAGGCAACUUUUGGGCGUCAACCAACCAGCCCAACUUGCCCGAGGAGAAG